UUCAGACAAAAACAACACAUUCACGUAUGAACACGUUGCCAAGUUCUCGUGCAAACAUUCUUUUCUUGCCCUUCAAACAAGACACACAGGCAGGUUUCAUUUCUAACUAGUCACGAUGCCAGAGAGCGAUAGACCUCAAAACUCUUGGAUACCUCGAAUAAUAAGCUGUAGCUCUGUGAUUUUCUUCAUCGUGUUUAAUGUUCAAGCAAUAGUUGGAUGUGUGUACUUUAAUGACUGUCCAAGGGCGCCCUCCAUUCCCGUCUUUAUGGUUAUUUGUGGAUUCAUACCUGUCUUGUGGGGAUUGAGCCGGUUUUUGAACAGGUGCAAUAUUUUCUUCGACUGUCUGUUCUCCAUCCUCCAUUUUGCCUUCUUCAUCAUCGGUAGCAUAAUCGUCUACGCCAUCUAUGAACCCGACUACAACAAGAACGCUACAGAAACCGAUCGUUACUGCAACAAGACGCUCUACCUGUUUGCAUUUUGUUGCAUCACCCUGACCUACAUUCUGACAGGUGUUUAUGUUUUCACUUACUUUUUUGCUCGCUGCACCAACCAGAUGGUUAACGAUGAUGAGGAUCGGCCACUGCUGUGGAGCUAAUCAUAUGAAUGUGUGUGCGUUUGUGUGUUCCCCACCUCCUCUUAGACAAGUUGACCAAUACUGUUGAAACAGAUUAGAAUCGUGUCACAAUAAUAUCAACACUACACAUGGGGCACUACGAACUCUUUGUUUCAAACUACAUGCUACACACCACCAUGCCAAUCAGAUUACUUCUUCCAUGUGUGGGUAAAAAGGUGACCCUCCUGGAUAAGAUGGCAAAGGUUUGCUGCGUUUUGGUGAACAUGUGCCCCAGUGUGGUAGUAAAACCAGGGAAAAAUGCUCUUGUUAAAUACUCUUAAGUCUUGUGAUGUUUAUGUAGUGAUAAGAUUUCAAAAGAGACAGUAAAUUACAGAAUGCUAGUAGUGGGUGAUAUUAUUUAAAUGCUGUCAUGAUUUUCUGUAAACAUUUUGUCAUUUGUAAACUAUACAUGACGUUGAUUCUACAUUGUUACUGAUGUGAUGUUCUACAAAGUGGUUUUAAUUAAAAAAAAGGAAAAAAUUGAUUUGAUUCUUUAUUCAACUUUUUGAACAGUGGUACUUGGUAAGUACAUAUUCAGUAAAUGCAAAUUAUUUACAUGGCAAGUGAGGGGUCUGACAAAAUGCUUUUGCCAUUAUGUAAUCUGUAACUUCCACAUAGUAUGCUGAUCACUGUGAUUUUCAAUGAUUAAACUGUAAUGGAGACGAGCAAACAUAUUGGCAGAUCUGAGAAGGAAGAACCUGUGUUAUGAAAAUGAUUUUAAUCUUUUAUACAUGAUUGCAUUUGAGCUUAUUAAAGAGCUGUGGCUCCUGGUCAACUGAGGGUCAGAAGCUCUUGGCAGGCGUUAAGGAUCAGCCAAUA